AUGGAUCUCUCUGUUUUGCCAAAUAACAACCAUCCCGACAAAUUUCUGCAGCUAGAAGUGAAGUCUUUAAUGAGGAGCUCAGCCCUUGUUCAGGCCAGCCCGGUGAGGUUUCCAGGUGGGAGUUAUCCUGCUGCACAGCACUGGCAAAACCUAGUCUACUCACAGAGAGAGAAGAAGAAUAUUGCUGUGCAACGAGUUAGGGGAUCCUCUGAGGAGGACCCUGUGACUGCUGAUAUUGCCCCACCAUCCCUGUCAUCAGUUCUGAAGAAUAACCCACUAUAUGGUGACAUAAGUUUGGAGGAAGCUAUGGAAGAUAGAAAAAAGAAUCCUUCAUGGACCAUUGAGGAUUAUGACAGGCGUUCCCUACACACCAACCUCUCGGGCCACCUAAAGGAAAAUCCUAAUGACCUACGAUUUUGGUUGGGAGACAUGUACACGCCAGGGUUUGACACCUUAUUGAAAAAGGAAGAGAAACAAGAGAAGCAAUCAAAAUACUGCCGUGUAGGUCUCAUUUUGCUCCUUGCGGCCUGCAUCUUGGUUUCCAUAGUGACUAUUAGUGCUUUUUUCAUCUAAGAAAAUUGCCACAGCCACCUUAAAUUUCUUAAAAUCUUUCUAAAUAAGCAUUUGCAGAAAACUUCGUUCAUGCAGUGUACAUUGUACUGUUGUUUGUGCAAAUGAUUGUAAUUGUCCCAUAGGGUGCUAAAUUUUCCUGAGAUAUGCUAGCUUUCUCUGCUUCAUUUUAUGAAAACUCUUUAAGAAUUCUAUCCCCAGCUUUGUCCUUUGGAAGCAGGAAUUCAGGGGAACACAACCACAGAAAAGUCGCUAUAUAUGGCCAAAGAGAAACAUUUUGAUAAGAACAGA